AGAAAAAAUAUAUUUCAAUUUCUUAAUUAAGUUUAUCUACUUAUUCAAGCAGGGAAACAGUUCAAUGUUCUUUAAAAGUAUGGCAGAAAUCAAUAGACUUCUAGGGAACGGGUCGAUAUUUGCAGCGGUGCUGUGGAUGUUGUUGGCAAAUAUUGGCAGAUUUCGAAUUUCCCAGAAGUCUGCUAUUGUGAAGUUACAUGUAGCCCAACGGACAGACCCUACAGCAGGGAUAUUGCAUGAACGGAUUAUGAAAGGGCUAGCUGUCAUGUAGUCGGGACAAUUAAGUUGCAUGAGCAUUGGACUGAGGAGAUGAGGUGGCUACUAAUUCUCCAGAUAGUAAUCAUACAAACAAGAGGAGAAUAUCCAUGGGACGAGUAUGAACAGAGUACACAUGGAUCUUUGGAGGGGGAUGUCCUGAACUGGGCAGUGUUGAUACAAAAUUAUAUUUUACAGCUAGCCAGUGAUGGCAUAAAAAAGGACUUUUCCCAAGUGUAUUUAGACAGGGCAAAUUACACAUUUGAGAGAAAAGAUGGGCAAAAAAUUGUAGAACAAGUUAAACAGGGACUAGGAGAAUACUUCAGCAAGAAAAAGGAUGCAGCAGAGAUAUUAGCACAAAAAGUAAAGGAAAUAUAUGAGGAGUUCUAUAAAAAGAAGAACUUUAAGACUCGAAAGUUGACAGACCUGCAGCGGACUCAGUAUAGAGACUCUGAUAUUCCUGAGCAACUGGCAGGCAGCCUUAAGUUUGCUCCAUAUUACAAGCAGAAUGUUAGUGAGGAGUUCUCUACUAUAAAGAUUGCUGACGAGGUUCCUAGAGAAGAAGAAAUGACAGUAGACACUGUUAAUUUUACCACAAAACUGGAAGAAGUCUUCAAAGAAAAUGCCAAAAAAGAUGAGUUUUUAAGAUGGCAAUACUUUGGAUCCACGGCAGGAAUUGUUCGGAUAUAUCCUGGUAGGGAGUGGUCCACAAACUUUGCCGGGUUUUACAAUGAUUAUGAUCCUAGAGUUCGUCCCUGGUACAUAGCUGCCACCAGUGGUCCAAAAGAUGUCAUUAUUGUCUUGGACUGCAGUUUUUCAAUGAAAGGUGAGAAGUUCAGCAUUGCUAAGGGAGUGGCUAAGACUGUUAUCAAUACACUAACUAAACAGGAUUAUGUCAAUGUUGUGUGUGCCAGGGCUAGCCAUUGGGAUGAAGUUGGAAAGCUUCAUUACUAUGGUACAACUGCACUGAGCUGUCAGCAAGACACAAUGGUACCAGCCACAAUAGCUCACAGAAAGGACCUUAAGGAAAAGAUUCAAAAACUCAAAGCAGGGGGCACAAGUGAGCUUGAGAAGGGCUUGGAAAUUGCCUAUAACUUACUAAGAAGUAACCCUCGAACCGGCUGCCAGUCUGUCAUUGUUUUUGUCACUGACGGACAAGACACUGAUGGUGAAAAUAUCAGAUGUGGUCCAGGGUAUUAUACAAGGAGUGGGUAUGUACCUGGACCUGUUUGUAAGUACAACUGGACAAAGGUUUGGAGUGUUGCUGAUCAAAAGAGCAAGUACAGCAUACCUCAGACUAGGAUAUUUAGUUACUUAAUUAAAGAAGAUGCCGAGGAGUUUCCAGGGAGAUUGGCCUGUAGCCACAGAGGGAGUUUAGUGAAGCUGAACAAUGGAGAGAACCUCAUCUUUCAGAUGAGAAACUACUUUGACUUCCUAUCCUCUAGUGCCCUGAAUACUAAAGCCAUGUGGACCUCACCGUACCUUGAUGCCUGGGGAUUGGGAAUCAUGGUUACAUACACUAUACCUGUCAUCAGUAAUGGCACGACAAUUGGAGUUGUUGGCGUUGAUGCUACAUUGGAUCAGAUAGAGAAUUUUCUGACAAAGCAUCAAUGGGGAAAUGUGUAUUCAUUCCUUAUUAACAAGGAAGGGGAGACAAUUUAUCAUCCAAAAUUAAAACCAAGCACAAAUCUUUUAGAGGAUCCAAUAUUCAUUCCAAUUACACAACUAGAAACAUAUGAAGAAUUUCCUAUGAUUCUAAAAGAUAUGAGGGAAGGGAAUACAAAUAUGAAAGUCAUUGAACAAAAGGACAAAUCCACAAAGACCAUUUUCUAUGCAGCUAUCAACAAUUCAGAAUAUUCCUUUGCUUAUAUAUUGACAGACACAGACAAGGAAUUCCGACGUUCCCAGGAACCCAUAGAUAGAUCAAGUUACACCACAAGCUACUACAAUCUUCUCAAAGAGUACCUAAACCCAGUGGUGAAGGCCGAGUUUCCUCAUGCCUGGGAAGAGCUGGAGAUCCGUGAGAAUGAGACAGAGAGAUAUCCAGGCUUGACCAUCAGCUACAAACACUCCACCAUAUUUCUGGCCCCCAAGUCUCACUGUGAUCCUAUCCAGUACUUGUAUGAUGACAACCUGGCUAAGAAAACCAUCAAUGCACAUCGCUGGAUGAACUCAAAUGAGACGGACCUUGGUUGUGUUGGGGAUCAAAUAUAUGAUAAAGGGGUCAGGGCUGAUACAUUGAUAACACAACCUAUAGAAGAGAUCUGGAAAUCAAGAGAAUUUGAGUCCCUAUCGCAAGUCAAAUGGACAAACAUUGGACUUAGGAGUGGGAUGUUUAGAACUUAUCCUGGCCAUAGAUCAAAAAGAGGAUAUGAUCCAACAAAGCGGCCCUGGUACAAGAGAACCAGCAGUACCCCAUGGAGAACCUCAAUUUCUACACCUUAUAUGGAUGCGGCAGGAGUGGGUAAGAUUGUCACCAUCUCCCAGGCUGUGUUUGAGGGAAUGACUCCUCGUACAGAUGAGGACUGCUUCAACAUCUCUAAACCUCUACCAGGAGGCUGUGUGUGUGAAGUAGAUACUGACUGUAUCAGUCGUGUAUGUUAUGUGAGUGAAGCACCAGGUCCUAACUCUGACCAGCGCCGUUGUGCUACAGAGCGUGUGGAGGGAGUGACCGGUCUGGACAUCCUGUAUGAUGAUUUUCAGAACAGAACAAUGGAGGCCAUGCAGGCCAGUAAUGGGCUGAAGUCCUGUAACCAACAUUACAUUUGUCCCAAUGGAGAAAAUAAAUGUCAGACAAGGUGCUACUUGUUUGACAGCAAGGCAUUUCUUGUAAUGGAUCCUGACUUUUUGAUAGCCAGUGCUUUAGAUGAAAGUAAAUAUGAACAGGUCCAACUUGGGACUAAAGAGGGAGAAGUCAUGAAAGACCUUAUCUACAAGCAUGGCUUCUUUGAUCGAGGAGAGAGCAUAGAUUUUCAGGGAUCAUGUCGAAUCACACCAGAAGAGCCAAAGUUAUCUCUGGAUGGGAUUCCCAAGAAUCCAGGGGAGCAGGAUGACUACAUCAGAAACAAGGGUCCUAUUCCUCAGUUCAACAGUGAAUAUGGCUGUAUUCAAGAUGUUAUACAGUUUAAAAGUAAUGAUCAAGCACUAGGUCCUAGUGGAAUGAUAACAGGGAAUGUAUCUGGACCAUGCAUGUCUGGAUUUUACUAUGUGACCUCACUGCCAAAAACAAAUCUUUACCUGCUCAUCAUAGAGAACUGGAAUUCACACCCAGCCUCUUUCUUCUAUAAUUUCAACUGCCAAAUCACACGAAGCAUUGUGAACUCAGGAGCAUACCGUAUCAUUAACGGUACAUGUAAUCAGGUGUCUAAGUCCAGCCGCACUCUAGCAGAGGAGGGGAAGUGUCCUAAAAUGUCAGACAAGGACCUGCUGUGUAUCUACACUACAGCCACGCCCCUCACCUCCACCCCUGUACUACUGUUACUGACGCUUCUAUGUACAUAUAUCUAUUUAUAACUGAGAACAUAAAGUGACAUCACUCAAACUUGUACAUCGAAUUUUACAUCGAGUAAAAUGGUUGUUAAUAUUUAGAA